AUGGAUGCUGAACCUAAGACCGCGACCUUCCGCCAGAGUCUACAUGGUCUGCCCUAUGCUGAGACGGCCCCGGCGCCGCUGCCGAUCUAUGUCACCACCUCAGGCUCUCCUCAGCUCGUGUCUUCUCCCCCUGCGACCGGUGCUCGCAGUCCCGCCUCAACCAACACUCUCAAUCUCACAGAGCAGUGCAGGACACAUGACGGCGACACCCUCCAACCUGGGAAUGGUUCCGUACGCAAUAGUAAGACGUCGUUAAACUCCCCGACCAGUAUAUCCUCCACCCCGAGCGUUCCACAAAUCAAAGUGGCCGAAGACGAAAGGGCACCUACAUCGAAGAGCUGGCUAGCCUUGAAUAUUCCAUCGAGCAGUUUCGGAGAAGAUCUAUCAGAGGACCAUAUCAAGUUCUCCAAGAGAGGAAGCAUGUUGGUUGACGGGAGGAAGGUCUCGCCUUCGAGACAAAAACCGCCCGGUCUGAAAUCGAUUGAGGACGAACCCGAGCAUGGUUCUAUACAGCAAGAGCCCCGACAAUCUCCAACGCAAAGCCAGUCGCAGUCGCAACACAGGCCUUCUGCCAAGGUGCUGUCAACUGAUGAAGAGAUGUUGUCUGAAAAAGUCCGCUUAUUCUACGCCCAUGGUUCCGAAGUACCGUACGAUAGCGAUGCCCAAUCUCAAGUGGCCAACAAGAUCGGCCUGCGAUGGCAGGAUGCCCUCGGCGGCACCACGACAGAAGCAUCAAGCGUGGCUUCCCUGUCCCGAGGCAACUCUGCCACCGACAUUCACAGCGAUAUUGCCUCGGAACGAAAUGGGUCUCGCGUCUCCAGCAUGCAACGAGAUGUCCUCCGCGAAGACAAUGAACUUGCUGGUGGCAUAGAAGACUGGAACGAUGUUGACAACGCUGACGUCGACCGCUACGGUUUCAUUGUUCCCAAGCCCGACCCCCCAUCCGCCGAAGGCCUCACUCGCACGCCGACUACUAAGGGGCUCACGCGUGUCACGACUUCAUUACAGAUAGCCUCCGAAGCUCCUCGGCGGAAGCAUACCAUCCGUCGCACACCGUCGACCACCCGCUCCAUGCGAUCCGUACGGACUAUCUCGGGGUCUAAUAUGCUACCCUCAUCUCCCUCACAACAAUCAAUAAAGCAGCGGCCCAGCUCAUCACACUCUGCUUACAAAACCAUCUCCCGGCACAGCACGUUCCGUUCCCGCGACCGGAAGCUAAUGGACGAUGCGGGUGACAUGUUGACCCUUCCACGCUCGGCAUCUAAUCAUCUCGACGCCAAAGAUCCCAAUGCCACAGCUAACGAUGACCCUCGAGCACGGCGGAAAGAGGUCGAGCGCGAAGAGAAAUGGCGGAAAAUGGCGCGACCAAUUUCCACCUCCACCGUUGGCGGUGGCCAGUCCUUCACCUUCGACACUACUUCUUCGAAACUGAUCGAGCGGACUUGGAAGGGCAUACCUGAUAAGUGGCGCGCCACAGCAUGGCACGCCUUUCUGUCCGCGUCUGCCAAGAAGCGCGCUGCUUCUUUGACGGAUAGUCAGCUAAUAACCUUGUUCAACGACUACCAAUCUGCAGGGUCGCCAGACGACGUACAAAUCGACAUUGAUGUUCCACGCACCAUAUCAAGCCAUAUCAUGUUCCGCCGGCGUUACCGUGGCGGUCAGCGCCUGCUCUUCCGGGUUCUCCACGCCAUGUCCCUCCAGUUCCCGGAGACAGGGUACGUCCAGGGCAUGGCGGCGCUCGCUGCCACACUACUCUCGUACUACAGCGAGGAGAUGGCGUUCGUGAUGCUGGUCCGGCUCUGGGAGCUACGCGGCCUCGAAAAGCUGUACAAGCACGGCUUCGGCGGCCUGAUGGAGGCGCUGGCUGAUUUCGAGAACAAAUGGCUAGGCCAGGGCGAGGUGGCCAAGAAACUCGUAGACACCGGCAUCCCACCGACCGCUUACGGCACGAGGUGGUACUUGACCCUGUUCAACUACUCGAUACCCUUUCCAGCACAACUCCGGGUCUGGGACGUCUUCAUGCUCCUCGGAGAUGACACGUCGCAGGCUUCUGAACCAGCGAAGCCGACGAGCGCAUCGAAGGCUGCCGCGGACGCGCCGAACGGUGACAGCGCCGCGAAUGAAGAGAAAGAAAACUUCGGCACGACGCUCGAUGUGCUGCACGCGACGUCGGCGGCGCUGAUCGACGGCAUGCGCGACAUUCUGCUAGAAAGCGACUUUGAGGGCGCAAUGAAGGUGCUCACAAGCUGGGUGCCGAUCAAGGAUGAGGAUCUGUUCAUGCGCGUCGCGAGGGCGGAGUGGAAGGUGCAGCGGCGGAAGGUGGAGAAGGGGCCUUGA